UUUGAAUUUGUCAUAUAUUGGAAAACGUAAAAAAUAAUUUUCAGAAAUAAUUUUACAUUGAAACGAAAGGACGCUUAACUCAUCUAUCUUCUUUUAAUUAUAAAAAUAAAAAAUUCAGAAAAUUAUUAAAGAUCGAUUUUUUUAUAUUAAAAAAUAGAAAUUCGAAUCUCGCAUUUCCGCUGAGCCCAAUGGUCGAUUCCAUGAUCAAUUUCUCUUUUUAAUUUUUUUGGGUAUUGAUUAUUCAAGCGUUAAUACAUGACGACAUUGAAUUAACAGUUUCUAACACAUGAAUCAUCUUUGCUUCUUUUACCCUUUCCGGUGAUUUUACCCUCACUUUGGGUCUUUUCUCGAAUUUCACUGGAUACAAGGCCAAACGCAAACGUCCCACUGUCAUCAUUUCUCCAACCGCGAAAUCAGUCAAACCAAAAGGUUAAGGGUCCAAAACUAAACCAACGCUCACCCGCGACAACCCCACCGCGAACGUACCCCGCACGACGCCUCGCGCGCAAUACAAACAACCACCGUGACCCAAAUCGGCAAAAUUUUGCAUUAGACAAACAAAACCGGAGAAACAUAUUUUUGAAGAGAAAAGGCAAAGAGAGAUGUGGGUAUUUUACCUGAUCUCGUUGCCUUUAACCCUAGGCAUGGUUAUUUUCACCUUGAGGUACUUCGCUGGUCCCGAUGUCCCUCGUUACGUCCUCUUCACCGUCGGAUACGCUUGGUUCUGUUCUCUCUCCAUCAUCAUCCUCGUCCCUGCCGAUAUCUGGACGACGAUAUCGAAGCCGGAAAAUGCUAAUGAAAAUAGAGGAAUUUCGUUCUUUUGGAGCUGGUCUUAUUGGGGUACCUUUCUCCUUACCUGGGCUGUGGUGCCCCUUAUUCAGGGUUUUGAAGACGCUGGAGACUUCUCUGUGACUGAAAGAUUGAAGACUAGCGUGCACGUCAACAUAGUCUUCUAUUCAAUCGUGGGUUCUAUUGGCCUUGGGGGACUUAUUCUCCUCAUCACAAUGAACAAGAACUGGAGUGAUGGCAUCCUUGGUUUAGCUAUGGCUUUGUCGAAUACGUUUGGGCUUGUUACUGGUGCAUUUCUUCUUGGCUUCGGCUUGAGUGAAAUUCCAAAGAGCCUUUGGAAAAAUGCAGAUUGGACCAUCCGCCAAAAAGUUCUCUCUCAUAAAAUUGCCAAAAUGGCUGUGAAGCUUGAUGAAGCUCAUAAGGAACUUUCUAAUGCUAUUGUGAUUGCCCAAGCAACAUCCAAUCAGAUGUCUAAGCGGGAUCCUUUGAGACCAUACAUGGAUGUUAUUGAUAAUAUGUUAGCUCAAAUGUUUAGGGAAGACCCAUCCUUUAAGCCACAAGGUGGUAGGUUGGGAGAAAAUGAUAUGGACUACGAUUCAGAUGAGAAAUCUAUGGCAACACUCAGGCGCCAUCUUCGGCUAGCUCGAGAGGAAUAUUAUCGGUAUAAAAGUGAGUACAUGACCUAUGUCUCAGAGGCCCUUCAUCUUGAAGACACAAUAAAAAAUUAUGAGCGUCGCAGUUCAACUGGAUGGAAAUAUAUUUCAAGUUUUAGACCUAGUCGCUCUGGGAAAACAGGAACACUCUUAGAUACAAUGGAAUUUAUUUGGCACUGCAUCCUAACGAAACAAUUAAAAAAGAUCCUGGCUAUCAUACUUGGUAUCAUGUCUGCAGCGAUUCUUUUAGCUGAGGCUACUCUUUUACCUAGAGGAGUUGACCUGUCUCUUUUCUCUAUCCUUAUCAAUUCAGUAAAGGAGGAGGAGGUGCUUGUGCAGAUCUUUGCUUUUGUACCUUUGAUGUAUAUGUGCAUCUGCACAUAUUAUUCCUUGUUCAAGGUUGGAAUGUUAAUGUUUUACUCAUUAACACCACGGCAGACUAGUUCAGUUAGCUUGCUCAUGAUAUGCUCGAUGGUUGCUCGGUAUGCUCCUCCAAUUUCAUACAACUUUCUCAAUCUCAUUAGUCUUGGCUGUAGGAAAACCAUAUUUGAAAAGCGAAUGGGGAACAUUGAUGAUGCUGUCCCAUUCUUUGGAGAAGGGUUCAACAAUAUUUAUCCACUUAUCAUGGUUGUAUACGCCUUGUUAGUUGCUAGCGAUUUCUUUGAUCGUGUAGUUGGUUUCUUUGGGAACUGGAAGAGACUUAGGUUUCAAACUGAGGCAGAUGAUGUGGAUGGAUUUGAUCCCUCAGGAUUAAUUAUCCUACAAAAGGAACGAUCUUGGCUCGAACAAGGGUGCAAGGUUGGCGAACGAGUUAUCCCAUUGGCGAGGAAUUUCAAUGGUUCUGAUGUUGAGUCUGGCAACAAUAUUGCAGACCGAACUGUUGUUGAAAUGAAGGCAACAACCACUUCAGUCGUUGAUGGUGUCAAGGGAUCUCCAUCAAGACCUUUGAAAGAAGAGAACCAUAAAUAUGGCACAAGCAGAGAAGCCAUCAGCAACAAGUAUGCUGCCAUGAGAGAACAGAGCCGGCAAGUUUCGAAUCCAAAACCGGUGGAGAAUAACAUAACCUCUGCUAACGUCUCAUUGCUUGAAGCUGGCAACGCUCAUUCUAGUAACCAGAAGGGAGGGCCAUCCUCUGGAUUGGCCUCAAAAUGGCGAUCAAUGAAAUCUGGUUUUCAAAAUUUUAAAGCAAAUAUUGAGGCCAAAACGUUUCUUCCCCUACGCCAGAAUCAGGAAACCAAACUUGUCUCCCAUGUCAAUUCAUCUGAUUCUGAGUCCCUGGAUGAGAUAUUCCAGAGAUUGAAACGGCCGUCCAUACACCAUAGCGAUGAGGAUGAAAAUGAGAACUAGAAGGAAAUCAAAAUCACGGGUUCUACGAGAUAAUAUUAAAUUCAUUUGGAGAAAUAUUCUUGUUGCCGUUAUAGAAACUGUGAUACGAAAUGUACAGAUCACAUGGCUCAUUGAAUUCUUGCGGUCCCGCACGCCAGUUAGGAGGCCAGGGAGGAUGAUUUGCUGCAUUGGGACUUCAUACUUAUGUCAGUAGGAAAUUUCGGACAAAUAUGCAAGAGGGGAAGAUAAUAAUUCCCCAUUAUUUCAAGAAAAGUGGUUCAGUGUAAGCGAAUCUUGUAAUUUGAAUUGAACGUGUAGGCAGUCAGUCAGCUUAUUACAAAUGAUAUUUGUAUAUCCUGAUAGAAUAUAAAAGCAUAUCUAUUUUGAAGACAAUUCUGGCGUCUAAAAGAUUCAAGUUUUUGCAUGCGUGUGAUGAUAGACUCUUAAGUUUUUCUUCUUUCAACAACUUUUUCAAAGUAUCAUUAGCAUAUCGGACGUGUG